AUGGCGGCCGAGGAGGACGCAGAGGCGCUGGCUGCGGCACGGCCGCUGCUCACCGACCUGUACCAGGUCACCAUGGCGCUGGGCUACUGGCGCGCCGGCCGGGCGCACGACCACGCCGACUUUGAGCUCUUCUUCCGCCGCUGCCCGUUCGGAGGCGCCUUCGCCUUGUUCGCGGGGCUGCGCGACUGCGUGCGCUUUCUGCGCGCCUUCCACCUGCGGGACGCAGACGUGCAGUUCCUGGCCUCCAAGCUGCCCCCAGACACGGAUCCCGCCUUCUUUGAGCACCUCCGGGGUCUCGAUUGCUCCAGCGUAACGCUGCGGGCCCUGCCCGAGGGCUCCCUCGCCUUUCCGGGCGUGCCCCUGCUGCAGGUGUCAGGGCCGCUGCUAGUGGUGCAGCUGCUGGAGACACCGCUGCUGUGCCUGGUGGGCUAUGCCAGCCUUGUAGCCACCAACGCUGCCCGGCUGCGCCUCAUCGCAGGCCCCGAGAAGCGGCUGCUGGAGCUGGGACUGCGGCGUGCUCAGGGCCCAGAUGGGGGGCUCACUGCCUCCACCUACAGCUACCUGGGUGGUUUCGAUGGUAGCAGCAAUGUGCUGGCUGGACAGCUGCGGGGCGUGCCCGUGGCCGGGACCCUGGCCCACUCCUUCAUCACGUCCUUCUCGGGCAGUGAGGUGCCCCCUGAGCCGAUGCUGGCCCCGGCAGUUGGUGAGGGGCCUGCUGUGAACCUGCCUGCCCAUGUGAAGGUGUGGCUGGAGAGGGUGUGUGCUCACCUGGGGCUGGGCGUGCAGGAGCCACACCCUGGGGAGCGGGCAGCCUUCGUGGCCUACGCGCUGGCCUUCCCCCAGGCCUUCCAGGGCCUGCUGGACUCCUACAGUGUGUGCAGGAGUGGCCUCCCUAACUUCCUGGCGGUGGCCCUGGCCCUGGGGGAGCUAGGUUACCGGGCAGUGGGGUUGCGGCUGGACAGCGGUGACCUCCUGCGGCAGGCCCAGGAAAUCCGGGGUAUCCUGCAGAGCACCGCAGCUCGGUUCCAGAUGCCCUGGCUGGAGCGGGUCAGCAUCACCGUCAGCAAUAACGUGGACGAGGAGGAGCUGGCACGGCUGGUGCAGGAGGGCAGUGAGGUCAAUGUCAUUGGCAUUGGCACCAGCGUGGUCACCUGCCCCCAGCAGCCUUCCCUGGGAUGCGUCUACAAGCUGGUGUGUGUGGGGGGCCAGCCGCGCAUGAAGCUCACCGAGGACCUUGAAAAGCAGACACUGCCUGGAAAGAAAGCUGCCUUCCGGCUCCUGGACGCUGACGGGUCCCCCCUGCUGGACCUGCUGCAGUUGGCAGAAGAGCCCUCCCCCCAGCCCGGGCAGGAGCUGAGGGUCUGGCCUCGAGGGGCCCAGGAGCCUCGCACUGUGAGGCCUGCCCAAGUGGAGCUGCUGCUGGGGCUCUGGGUGCACAGGGGACAGCUGUGCCAGCCACUCCCCUCUCUGGCUGAGUCCCGAGCCUUUGCCCAGCGGUCCCUGGGCAACCUCAGGGCUGCUCACAGGCGGCUGCAGAGCCCUGAGCAGUACCAGGUGGCACUGUCGGAGCGGCUUCAGGCCCUGGUGGGCAGUCUGAGCACCGGGAGUUCCCUGUGAAGGCCCCCGGGACUGGGGUCAGUAACCGCAAGCAACAUGUUCAUUUGCUGCCC